UUUACGAUAGCGCGUCAAACUGUGACAUCAUAUUUUCAAUAUGGCGCAUUUCUUGUUCGUGUUAUCUCGUAUAGGUAUACUUUAUGGAUUACAAUAAAUAUAUAUAACAUGACGUACGAGUUUUCUUCUUACGUUUGCAAACAUUGAAAUGUAUACACUGCUGCACGGUCUUUACAAGUAUCUAGUUCAAAAAGACGAGUAUUACAUACUGAUUUUGGGUCUCGACAAUGCCGGUAAAACUACUUAUCUAGAAGCUGCUAAGACGAAAUUUACUAAGAAUUAUAAAGGGAUGAAUCCUAAUAAGAUCACUACUACUGUGGGAUUAAAUAUUGGAAAGAUUGAUAUUGCUGGUGUUCGAUUAAACUUUUGGGAUCUUGGCGGUCAGGAGGAGUUACAGUCUCUUUGGGAUAAGUACUAUGCUGAAUCUCAUGCAGUUAUUUAUAUUGUGGAUUCAUCAGAUCGAGAAAGAAUUCCAGAUUCAAAGGAAACAUUUGAUAGAACAAUAUCGUCAGAACACUUAAUAGGAGUACCUCUGCUAGUUUUGGCAAAUAAACAAGAUGUUCCAGACUGUAUGGGGGUUCGUGAAGUGAAGCCCAUAUUUAAUAAAAAUGCUCAUCUGAUUGGACGCAGAGAUUGCAUGGUAAUGCCAGUGUCUGCACUUAAUGGAGAUGGUGUAGAUGAAGGAAUUCGCUGGCUUGUCGACUGUGUCAAGAGAAACAGUGACGUUCGCCCACCGCGAAAUCAAGACGACAAUUGUCUCUCCUAAUACCCACAUUCCUGUUAAGCUGUAUCCUUUAUACGGCACGCAGCAUUGUAUACAUUUCCACGUUUCGUUCAUUGCGGUACAGUAUUUAUACAAAUAAAAUUAAUUCCUAUUUUUUAAAUAUC